AUGGGCCGCAAGCUGCGCCGCCACCAGUGCGCCCACCUGACCCAGCCCUGCACGUGCUCCGAGUGCGGGAAGGGCUUCACCCAGAAGUCGAACCUGCUGCGGCAUCAGAGGAUCCACACCAAGGAGGAGCCCUACCGGUGCCCAGAGUGCGAGAAGACCUUCAACCAGAAGGCCAACCUCUGCCGGCACCAAACGAUCCACACCCGCAUGGGGCCUUGCAAGUGCACCAAGUGUGGGAAGUGCUUCCCUCAGAAGCACCACCUGGUCACCCACCAGCUGCUCCAUGCCCGGGGGGGAGCCCACAAGUGUGCCCUCUGUGGGAGGCACUACCGCGUGAAGAAGUACCUCAGGAGGCACCAGAAGAUCCAUGCGAGGGAAGGGACUGCUCCCUGCACGAAGCACAGGGAGGGCACCAGGACUGUCAGUGCAUCCAACCGCCCGGAGCAGAGCGAAGAGAAGAGCUGA